AAAAGGUCAAGGUCGUUAUUGUAUUCUGUUGCGCGCCAACUCUGCUCGACCAAAGCGCUUGUAAAUUACACGGUCUUAUAAAAAUCUAAUAAGGUACUUUUGAAAGUUUCCUAAAUUCGCAAGCCAAGAAAAUUCAAUGGCAGCAGAUGUUUCCAUAUCACCAAAACGAACCAUUGUGGACUUUUUCAAGACAUCAGACUUUCAAGAGGGGCCUAUCAGUGGCAAAAAAGCAAAAGGCAUCUUGGGAUUUUGUACCAGCACACCAAGAAGCGCCCAUAGUAUUGGCUCUGCUGCUUCUUCCUGUGAGAAGUCCAUGCAAGCAAAUACAGCAAACAGUAGCAGAGUCAGUCUUUCUAGUUAUCACCAAGGUGCAAAUGACUCUGAAGACCAUACAGAGACAAAAAGCACUCUAUGUCAGGAACAACCAGCAAUACAGAAAUCUUCAAAAGACAGAAGUAAGCUAAAGAACAGGAAAAGUACAAACCUUCACUCAGUGAACAGUACACAAACUUCAUUAUCUUCAGAAGCAGCAGAGGCACACAAAGAUGACAAAGAAUGCAUAGUUGAUGAUGUAGCUGAGAAAAUGACAAGUAAGCCGCAAGAAAUAGACUAUGAAGAAUUUAAACGGUUAGCUUUAUUAAAUCAAAAAGAGAAGAUUACUACAAACAGAAGUGAAAACUGUGAGGUAGCCAAAAGGUGCCUAGCAGAAGAAGUUAAAAAUGCUUCAUCUUGCAAAGAAAAUGCUGAUAACGGCAAACAAGGGACUUCUGCUCCAGAAGAGCAUGGUGAGAAGCGCAGCCUAAGGCCAAGGACAAAGAAAAGCUAUCAAGAAAUGAUGGCCUUAUCCUCCCCUGUUCUCUCCCAUCAAGCGACUCCAACUUUGCGUCAGCAAGAACGUGAUGAUAGUGAUUUGUCACUACAUGGUAAAGAUAUUUUAGAAAUGACUUAUGAAGAAUAUUUAAAAAGCAUAGGUGCAUCGUUUGAGACAAAUGAAAACAAUGCCAUCACUGUGUCUGAGACAUUGACACAACCAGAAGCUGAUGACCGUUCAAGCCCUGUAAUGUGAAAAAGGCAUCAACAUUGUCUCUUUUAAAUUAUUUUUCAAAGACACCCAAAAUCGUCAAGUCAAACACCAGAGGAAGAGACAAGACAGAGUAUGGUGACAGUGUAGCUGAUAUACAUGGUGAACCAUCAUCUCUGAAAUCAGUUCGAAAAGAGUUGUCCAAGUCUUCAACAGUCAGGCAAUCAGGAGCUAAAUCAAAGCAGAAAUGCACAUCAGGAAGUGAAAUAAUAUUACUUGGGUCAGAAACAAUUGAUGUUGAAAACUUCAACCACAGCGAUUCUGUACAACCAGUUUCAACAAAAGAACAAGCAGUAGGAGUGAUUGAGAGUAAAACAAGUGAUAAGAAUAGCUUUGAGUAUUCAUCACAGGAUAAUUCAGGAGGCAGAAAAAAUGAGGUUUGAUGAAAAAGGCACAAGCUACAUUACAAUUCAAUAAGGAUGGGGGCCUCAAAAUGAUCAAGGCUGAGUGCUUUUCGCUGGCAGCUGAUGCUGAUUGUUGUGAGACAGCAAAGCUGAUUGACAAAAACAGGAAGAAAUCCUUUAGGCAGGAUAAAGACACUCCACAGUUUCCAAAUGCUGCAAAUGAGGAAAAGGGGUCUGGUGAGAAUGAACAAAGUCAAGGAAAUGCAUUUUCUAAACUAAGAGACUGCAGUGGCUUGGAAGGUGAUAUAAAGGAAUUCACUCCUCGAUCAAGAAGGGCUAGCACCAUGGCACAAGCUAGGGCACAGGAGCUGCUUCAGAGAGCCAGACACCAGAGUAAACAGGUUAAACAUACUCAGAAUGCGAAGUUACCAAAACAGAAGGUGGAGAUCUCAACAACAGAUGAUGAAAAGAAGCUUUCUGAGAAAAGUAAUGUGACUGAUGGCUUAGAAAGAAGACAAAGUGUAGGCUUGCAAUCACAAAAGACUCAGGAACACAACUUACACUGCGAAGUGCUAUCAUGCUCUGAUGAAGAAGUAAUGGAUUGGUCACCUAGAAGAUGUUCAAGGAAACCUAGUGCUCUGAAAUCAUCAUCCAAGAAACCUGUAUGUCAAGAGAGUCCAAAGAAAGCUGCUGUUACCAAACUUGCUCCAAUAUUUUCCAAGAAAAGGAAUGUGGAAGCAAGUCUGAAAGAGUUCAGCAUGAAGAUGCUGAAGUUCAGCGGAGGCGGCGAGAGUUUCUCAUGAGUGGUGUGCCAUCAGAGCUUCGUUAUCAGACUUCAGCAUCCUCCAUAGCCAGUGCUGUGGCAUCAGAAUAUGCACCUUGGCCAGAAUUAAGUCAUGUACAGCAAAAGACUUCAGCAGCCCUAGUAGAUUGCCAGUUAGAUGUUUGGCAUUUGGUACAUCAAAAGGAUAAGCUUCAACUCCAAGCAGAAUAUUUUGAUCUGGAUGAGAAGGACAUUGACUUUUCGUGGAGUAGGCUACAGUGGCCAUCUACCCCCAUGCUAAAGCAGAAAAAUGUUUCAUGAAAACACCUGCUAACUGGAAUUUAUCCAACGCUGAGCAGGAAGAAGCUCUGGUGCAAGAACUGCAACAAACUUACCCCAACACUGCCAUAACUUCAAUGUUUGAUAGGUUCAAAACUCUGUUUGCUGGUGAUGGCAGUAAGCCAAACUGUACAGAAGAUUCAAAGAUAGACGCCAUUGGAUCAGACAUGUCAACAAAUAAUAUAUCCAGUGACUCUGAUGUUUUGCUAUUGGAGAUGGGCACUGGGGUUGAAGACGGUCAUUCUGACAAAGACAAUUAUAGUCAGCACUGGACAGAAAUUUUACAACCUGCUCAAGCAGUCCAUUUGAUUGGCAACAAGAGCAGCAUUCAGCGUCUUUAUGAAUGGCUUGAAGAGUGGAAGCAGUUAAUACAAAGCGAAGCAGCACAUGAUGGCAGCAGUGAUGGAACAGUUCCGAUGGUGAUGAUGAAGCCAGGCAGCUGUGCAAUACUGUGUUGAUUGUUGGACCACAUGGAGUGGGCAAGACAGCUGCUGUUUAUGCUUUAGCCCAGCAGCUCGGCUAUAAGGUAUUUGAAGUAAAUGCAUCAUCAUCUCGACUUGGUAAGCACAUCUUAGCUCAAGUUCAAGAGGCGACCCAGUCUCACCAAGUGGCCCAGAAAAAGAAUAGAACCACUCGGCACCCUCCUCCUCUUCAACUGCUUACCAGUCUCCAAGUCACAGCACAAACUAUUUCAAAGGAAACAAAACUUUCACGCUGUGAAAAAGAAAAGGCUUCCCUAGGUAAAUCCUUUGCUGUGUUUUCCACAAACGGAGCAGAAUGUUCUGUCACUCAAAGCAGAAGCGCAAAGACUUCUGCAAGCAGAACUCCACAAAAGCGAAAACGAGAUUGUGCAGGUUCUCCAAAAACUACACCGAAAAAGCUACGAGGCGAAAGUGGAAGAGACAAAGCUCCCAAACAGGCCAUAGAUGUGCAGGUAGAACUACAGGAAGUAAAUCUGGCUGGCUGUCUGAACCUGAGCAACACUUCACUGAUUCUGUUUGAUGAGGUGGACAUUGUAUUUAAAGAAGAUAGUGGCUUCCUUCAAACAGUGCAACAUUUCAUCCACACAACCAAGAUUCCUAUCAUCAUGACUGCUUCUGAUCCUGGCUUCUGCAGACAGAUAACAGCCAGAUUCGAGCAGCUUACCUUUAAGCCCCCUUCACUGAUGUGUAUGACCAGCUACCUGCAGUCAGCAUGCCUAGCAGCAGGCAUUCGAACUUGUGCCAAAGACAUUCAAGCCCUGGCUUCAGCUUGUACAGGAGAUGUGCGUCGUGCUCUCCUCACUCUGCAGUUUUUGGUUCUGUCCAGAGGUGGAACCAGCACCAGAACCCAGUCUGUCUGUACCAAACCCAAAUUUAAGGAUGAGAAAGACUGCACAAAAGAAACAGCAUCUUUAAAACAAGCAGUCUCUGGACCAGCAUCUUUAAAAGAUUCACAAGACAGCACUGAUGAUGAUGAUUUUGUAUGUUUAAGACGUGUCAGGAAGACAGUGCAUAGAGUACUGGAUGAAGAGGAAGGCGAUUGCACUGCUGGACUACCCAAUGCAACACUUCAUACAAAGGCAUCAUGUGAUAGCAUUGGUGCAUCCAUAGCAGCUUUGGAAGUAGCAGGUGCCAGCACACUGCCGGCAGUUCAUCUCAAUCUGUGUGAAAGUAUGCUGGGCUUGCCUUCGGAUGUACAAUUAUUAUUUGUGGACCGAAUGAAGAAUGCCUACAGUGAAGAAGCUGUAUCAGACCUUGCCAGGCAUCACUUAGAGCUGAAAGCGCAACACAUAGACUUUCUGCAGUUUAGUUUGUUCAGUGUGCUUCCUUUGCCAACAAUAAAACUUCCUAGCCAAUGGACUCCACAACUGAUUCCAGCUAAACAGCCUUUGAGAAAAAGAAUUCGUAUGGAGAGUCUUGUUGACAGUGAGGGCUCUGAUGGUGAAAGCAACAGCUGUAACACUGUUCUUGUGUCUUCCUGUCAUGCUGGUGAUGACCCACUGCUUACACCAGUAACAAGAUGUUCAGGAGAAGAAGAAACAAAGGCAGAUAGGCAUGGCAACUCUCUGUGUUCUCGUGUCCUCAGAAGCUUUGCUCAGUACUAUGAUGCUAUCUCCAUGGCAGACACUAUGCACUGCUCACAAAAACAGCAAACAAAUUUGGCUGCUGGUGAGCGGUGGGCAUUGUUGCCAGGAAUGGAUGACAGUGUUCCAUCGGUGCAGGCUGAUGAGAAGCUUGAAGCUGGGCUGCUCAUGCAAGCUGAGAUCGAAGUGAGGAGUGCCAGGCAAUUGUUGCAGUCUGUGAAAGAAGAUGUUGCUGAAUGGGAAAAAACAAGUGAUAGUGACAAUCUUCCUGAGCGCUGUUACCUCCCACUGUCUGGAAAUUUGGGAUUCCACGAGACAAUAGUGCAAUAUAAAGAUAAACAUUUUUGUGUGCCAGAGCCAUACAAAACUGCAUUUCACAGUGUUGUGAGUAACUUGCCCUUAACUAGCUUCCACUGCUUGAGCUCCAUCAGUCUGGAUUACCUGCCCAUGCUUCGCACAAUUGGCCAGGCAGAGCAUUGCCGUCAGAUUGCCAAGGCUAAGCGCAGAUUUCAUCAUUACUUCGACAAUAUUGGUCUGUGCCUCUGUACAUCUACUUUAAAUGUCCUGAACCAAGGAUUUCCAUCAGACUGCAAUCUGACUGAUUGAUCUGCAUGAUCUCUCCCACAACUAUUUGACAAGCGAUCUCUUAUUUUGAUUACUUAUGAUUUCAUUAGGAGAGAGCAGCUGUUUAAGCUGAGCAUGAAUGAAAUGUGUACAUGUCUGUGUGCAACAUUUGUAAUGUUUUUGUUGUUUUAUUUUUUUUUUAAAAAGAUGAGUUUCUUAAGCUGCAGCUCAUUGUCGGUAUUUAAGUUAAUAUAACAGUUUACUGGAAUCAGUUUGUUUUUUGUUUUUUGUUUUUCUGAAAUCAUGCAUUAUUUUGAACACUAUAUAUUUAUAGUUUAGGAAACAUUGUACAGAGGUUCUGCUUUCAUCAACUUGUGAAUUUCAGUUUGGGUCAUGGGAGAUGAAAUUAAAAAUGUAGCUUGAUUGA